CGGCGACGCCUGAGCUCCGUCCUCGAGCGCGGGCCGCGCUCUCCGUCAGCAUGAGGCCACCCAGCUCCAUCUUCGUGUCCGUGUCGCUCUUCACGGCCGAGACGGCGGCCGCGCUCUACCUGAGCACCAUGUACCGCUCGGCGGGGGACCGCAUCUGGCAGGCGCUCACGCUUCUCUUCGCGCUCGCGGCGUCCGCGCUCGUGCAGCUCGCGCUCACCUUCGUGCACCGGGACCUGGGGCGGGACCGGCCGCUCGUGCUGCUCCUGCACCUGCUGCAGCUCGGACCCAUCGUCAGGUGUCUAGAGGCCUUCAGCAUCUACGGGGGUGCGGGAGGCAUCGAGGAGCCCUACGUCAGCAUCACCCGGAAGAAGCAGAUGGCCCGCGGCGUGCAGUCCGAGGAGGUGGAGAGGCAGGUGGGCCAGGCGGAGGGGAAGCUGGUGGCGCACCGGGCCGCCUUCGCCCGCACCUCCGUCAUCCAGGCCUUCCUCGGCUCGGCGCCGCAGCUGACCCUACAGCUCUACAUCUGCGUGCUGCAGCAGGCCGUGUCCAUUGGGAGAGGCACCCUGAUGGUGAUCUCACUGCUGUCAAUUGUGUACGGUGCCCUGCGCUGCAACAUCCUGGCCAUAAAGAUCAAGUACGACGACUACGAUGUGGAGGUCAGGCCUGUGGCUUACUUGUGCAUCUUCCUGUGGAGGAGCUUGGAGAUCGCCACCAGGGUGGCAGUCCUGGUCCUCUUCAGCUCCGUGCUCCGGAUCUGGAUCCUGCCCGUGGUGCUGGCCAACUUCCUGGCUUUCUUCUCCUACCCCUGGGUCCUGUUCUGGCGGAGCCGCUCGCCCUUCCCAGAGAACAUCGAGAAGACUUUGACGCGGGUGGGAACCGCCAUGGCCCUGGGAAUGCUCACCUUCCUCUAUGCCUGCAUCAACGUGUUCUGCUGGUCAGCUGUGCAGCUGAAGCUGAGCGAUCCGGACCUGAUCAGCAAGUCGCAGAACUGGUACCGCAUGGCAGCGUACUACAUGCUACGCCUUGUGGAGAACGCUGCCCUUCUGCUGCUCUGGUACACCUUCCGGACAGAGGUGUACCGCUUUGUUUGUGCGCCGCUGCUCAUGCUGCAGCUGCUGGCCAGUUAUGCGGUCGCCAUCUUCUUCAUGCUGAUUUUCUACCAGUUCUGCCACCCCUGCAGGAGGCUCUUUACCUCCAAUGUCUCCCAAGGUCUAUGGGAAUGCUCCCACAUCCUUUGCCUGCCCUGCAGGCCACGCCCACAGGAGGUGCCUAUGGACAAGACUGGGCUGGAAUUGCCUAGUCCCCAUAGCAAGGAAGGCACCCAGGAGAGGGUUGUUGAGAUGAACAGUGCUGUCAGCUUGAGUCUUUGCAGUACUCUUUGAGCCUCUGGUUGAACCCUCAUCUACCAAGAGUUCAGAUCCUGCAGUGCCAUAAAGAGUGAUGCAUUA